ACAUGUGUAAUUAAUCAACGGAAUUGAUAUAGGCACUUGAUAAAUAUUAAAGUAUUUAUAUCGGAAGAAAGACUCUUAUAAAGAACUAUAAUAAAAUCAAUAAACAUCAAUGUCUAAGCUAAGAGUACAUGUACCUACUUAAUGCCGCCCUAAUCAAAAUGUAACUUUAGACACUUUCCUAUUUUUGCGCACAUAACUACAUACUUACUUCGUUUGUUUCUUAUUUCCAUUCAUGUAGGCUCUGUUUAUGCUUACUGAAAUAAACGGAAAUCGUUUUAUAAAUCAAAAUGACACAAUUGCGCAAACCACCAGUGUGAUCACAGUUCUCCAUGAUAUAAGUAUGUUAAUUCUUUUGUUUUUGUGUUUAUUACAAUUUACUGGUUCGAUGUAUUACGCUAGAGUUGGAAACCCUGGCUGCCUUAUGUAUAAUGCAACAUGCGUAGAUGAAUGCCCACCUAACAUGCAUAGAGUGAACAGCGAAUGUCGCCCAACACCAUCACAACGCACUUGCGACGAACCCGUCGCAUUGUCUAUGGGCACCAUUUGCGACUGGUCGCGCUGCGACUGCGACUUUCCGUUCGUGCUCCACCUCCCCUCUGGAUAUUGCUUCGCGUAUGAAGAUUGCCCCUGAUGUCGGUUUUAUUAAAUCAAACCCGUGAACCGUUAAAUUUAUAAAUCUUCCAAUUCCAAUAAAUAUGCGAUAAGGUGAAAUAAAAUUCAUAUUUAAA